AUGUUUCGGCAGUCUCUCUCCGUCUGGCCGGGGUGGCGGUCGGCAGUCCAAAACGUGCGACUGCGUUGGACUACCAACGGCACCCCUUACUGCUGGAAGGAGCCGGAGCGCUUCGAAACAAAUGACGAGCUUCAACUCAAUGAGCUGGUGAAAGAGACGGCGAACUUGCUGGCCGAGUCGGCUGUACUCCAAAACCUCCACCUGUCAAUUCCACGCCUAGACUCGCUCGUUCCAUUCGGUGUGGACCGCCUGAAUUCUUUGGAUAUACCUAUUACCGACUGCCUUUACAAUGAACCCGACUUUGCGAAGUUGCUGAGGCUGUUUCAAAUUCCGUCCCUCAGACACGUGGGGCUGCUUCAAAUGCUUCGUCUGAACUGCACCGUCCCCGAGCAUUGCCGCCAGCCCGGGACAUCCAAUGUUACGGACCUGAGGUUCGUCCAAUGUGGGCCUGUAAGCCCAGAGAUCGCACACCUCCUAAGUUGGCCCAAAGACCUUCAGGUCCUUGAUUUUGGGAUGGACUUGGCAGAUGGGUUGAAUCGAUAUGCUUUUGACUCUGGCUCCAUCAGUUUCCUCAAUAUACGGAAGGCUCUGUCGCCCAUCGAGCAUUGCCUUCAAGACUUGAACGUCGAUAUUUUCGAUCAUGGUGGUGGGUGGCUAGGCGCACCGCUCCAGGAUGAUGGCUUCCUAUCAUUCACCAGGCUCUCCCGCCUCAGUGUCCCACUGGCCAUGUUCAUGGAAUUUUCUGACACCGAUGACUCUCAAACACCAGACUCUUACGACCAUGCUCCGCCACUCCACACGCGUUUACCUCGCAGCAUUCAGGCCCUCGUGCUGAAAUUGGACCGCGAUUUCUGGUGGGGCGACUGGGACAGCAUGCAGCCAAGCUCCGAAACGAAAGAGUUGGUUGCGUACAUUGCUGAACUGGCCCAGCACAAGCAUUUCUGCUGUCCCCAGCUUAGUGAGGUUCACAUCUCCAUUGGUUCUCACAGCUCAUCAACGAGCCGCCUUCCACUCGAGCUCGAACACACUCAACAUUUGGUCGAGGUACUUCAGUCAAGCGGCGUUGCGGUGUAUUUCCCAUAG